UCUCUAUUCAUUCUGCUCGAGGUUCUCGUGGCCUUUCUUCACAAUGGCAUCCUCGCUGUCAAAGGGGCCCGUCUUUACGGCUGUCCGCUCCAAUAACGUCGUUUUCCAACUGUACUCAUGCCAAUGCCGGUUCUUUUCACACUCGCCCCAACGCAGUGCCAUGCGGGGAAUUCCUGAAAACAUUGCCAUCAAGCAACCAGCUCAACCGAGCAUGGCGACGAGGGGGAUGGGUUUAUCAAGGUCUGAAUUGCCUCAGGAUAUUGGGUUGCUGCCAGGCACAUACGUUCGCCCGCUCUGGAGGGAUAUGCCUUCGAUCUUUCAACAACCGCAGGAGCGUCUGCAAUUGGAGUGGCUUUGGUUGAAGUCAGGAUUCCAAAAUUUCUUGGGUCUUGUUGCCUACUGCAAAUGGUUCAAUUCAGGACUACCACUCCGCCUGAAGGAGCGUCGACAGGCUGCUCGUGAGCUCCAUCAGCGCAUGUACUCUGCGUUCGCCAAGGGAGACAUCAGUACCUUGCGCAAGGUUUGCUGCACCGGCCUCGCCAACAACCUUUCCUCCCGUAUCGCCAAUCGCCCCAGGGAUGAGAAGGUCAGCUGGUCUCUUGACAAAUACAACCGCACUCCAGCAACUCUUCUCACCGGAAUCCGUGUCUUGUCUGACCGUGCUACUCAAAUCCCCGAGAUCCCCGAUUCUGGAGUGCGACAGGUCGUGGUGCGUAUUACAAGCAGACAGUCCACUGGGAAGUCCAAGGUGGUCAAGACAGGCAAGUCCGAAGUCUCCGUCGAGUCUACCGCACCGCCUAAGCAGCAAGACUGCACCGAAUACAUCGUUCUUCAGAAGCUUCGGUGGUAUGGCGAGGAUGAGGACUGGCGCAUUUGGGGCCACGCUACGCCUACCACCGUGGAAGAUCUCGCUAACCCCAUGUUCGUCUCCGGACUGACGUUUGCGGAGCGUAUGGAAGCCAUGAAGGAACAAUUUCAAGGAAAGAAAUAAGCCCCGUCAUACGCAGAAAAUACGCCAGUAGCCAUAUAUUUACCCGCCAAAUGGCACUCCUGGCGCUCAUCUCCAGAAUGAACGGGAGGCAUGCCAUUGCCUCGUCACGACGUACAAAAAGUGCCUUAGCUUUUCGUUGAGAAUCUCAUCUCACCUCAUCUUUCUCCCUUACAGGAUCAUACUGUGCCUCUGACAGCCAACUUCGAUUCUACCCGUGUCUUAAAACUACCCAUGUUCCGGGUUUUUGCAUUCUCACCAUUCAGCG